AUGUCGAGCGCCGACCUCUCCGGCAGCACUUUCAGCCUCGCUGAUCGCUCUCCCGAUGGCCGAUUCGCAGAACGCACCAUAGUCGCCUGUCUCAUAGGUAUUGCCUGGUACAAUGCCUUGGAAUUGAUCGUUCUGUGUUUCACCACCUUCAAGCGAUAUGGCGGGUGCUACUUCUGGUGCCUUCUCAUCUCCUCUUUCAGCAUCAUCCCAUUCGGCCUGGGCUACCUCCUUAUCAUCUACAAUAUCUACUCCAAUCUAUUCCCAGUAGCGAUGGAACUGGUCGCCUGGGUGGGAAUGGUAACAGGUCAAUCGCUAGUCCUCUGGUCUCGACUCCAUCUCGUCUGCCACAACCCCAACGUCCUUCGCGCCACUCUCGCCAUGAUUAUCAUCGACGCUAUCAUCUUCCAUGUCCCAGGCUCCGUUCUCGAACUGGGUAGCCACUCGAACAAAUCUGACCUCUUCAAUACCGGGUUCAAUAUCUUCGAGCGCAUUCAGUUGGUCGGUUUCUCAAUACAAGAGAUCAUCCUCUCCAUCAUCUACGCCUGGGAAGGCGUGAGACUUUUAAACCUUCGCCCAAGAGGCCAUUACAGAGGCACUCUGGUCCAGCUUUUGAUCGUGAACAUUGUCAUGAUUCUGAUGGACGCGGCCGUUAUCGGAGUUCAGUACUCUGGCCUUUUUGACAUCCAUGUCACCCUGAAAGCCUUGGUCUACAGCAUCAAGCUCAAGCUGGAAUACGCUAUACUGGGCAAAUUGGUCGACAUCACCGAGAUUGGGGGCAGCAAUUCGGCCCCCACAGAUCUCUCGGACUUUGUGGAUCUUUCCUUCCAUACCAAUGGAACACCACAACCCGACAUAGACGAGGCCAGAUUUGCAGAUACCUUAGAGAAUGGCACUCGGACGCGAGUGCGAGUCUCCUCGAAAGGAUCGUCCACUAAUCCUCUCACACGGACUCUCUCUGCCGCGCCAACGCCGAGUUCCACCAAUUCGGAAGUUUCACGAUCUCACAUGUAA